AUGAUUGUAGCAUUUGUACACAUGGGUUCAGCUACAACACCAAUAAAUGUUAUUCAACAAGAUUGUACAACUUUAGCAAACAAUAUGCAAACCGCUGAUACUGCAACAAAAAAUGCUUGUGAUGCUAAAGUUAUUGAUCUUGGAAAAUAUAAAGACACAACAAAUAUAACUAAUUUAUUAAAUAAUCUUACCUCGAAUAUUAAUACUCUUAUUCCUGCACUUAAUUUGGCUACAAAUAACGCUCUUGUACAAUCUCUUCAAACUAUUUCUACUGCGAUUGCAGCAAUUGUACAAGCUGCUAUUGGUUUAAUCCCAUUCUUAACCGGUAUUAGUACUGACCUUGCUGGUAUUCUUCAAAGUAUUAGUACACUUCUGGCAAUAGUUGUGGGAUUAACUGGUGCAACUCUUACUUCUCUCACCACUUCGUUAAAAUCAACAGUACAAAAAUCAUUACAAGAAGUAUUGAAGCUUGCUGAUGAUCUUCUUUCUAAUGUUGGAAGUAUGGUUUUUACGCAAGUUGGUAAUAUAAAGAAUGCAUUAGCAGCAAUACUCAAUGUUGUUUCAAACGAAAUUCUUCCACAAGUUGUUGGUUUAACUGGUGAUGUUGCUGGUCUUGUUGUAAAUGUGUUAGCUCUACUUUGUCAACUUCAAUUCGAGAUUACUAAUUUAACAAAUGAUAUUCUUCAGGAUGUAUUCUUUUUAUUGGAAUCAGUAAUAACUUCAGUUGAAAAUACAGUGACUCCAGUUAUUACAACAUUGACUGAUACAUUAGGUGCAAUCGAAGGAUGUGCUACAUGUCUGAAUACAGAUCUGGGUAUAAAUUUAUUAGGUGCUUUAACACGUCGACGUCGUUCAAUUAAACAACUUGUCUAG